AUGCAAAUUUCAAAUAAAAAAGACAAAAUUAUACAAGGUACAAAUGAUACAUCUAUUGUUUCUAAACGAUCAGCAGAAUAUUGUGGUUAUCCAUUUUCAGAAAAUCAAUAUCUACGAGCAUUUGUUAAAAAACCACAGAGAAGAUCCCCUGUGAUUAAUCGUGGAUAUUAUAUUCGUUGUCAGGCAAUAGAGACAGUUAUACAAAAUUUUGUUUCUGAAAAAAAUAAUCGUUACAAGAUCAUCAUAAAUCUUGGUUGUGGAUAUGAUCCAAUGCCGUUUCGAUAUAUAUCAAAACCAGAGUUUAAUUAUGUUCGAUUUUUUGAUGUUGAUUUCCAAGAUCUCAUAGAAAGAAAAGCUCUUAUUAUUCAAAAAGAUAAGGAGUUAAAAGAAAUGUCUCAAAAAUAUGUAUUAUCAAAUAAAAACAAGUUAGAAUUGCAAUAUCAAUUAAUUGGCUGUGAUAUUCGAAAUUUAGAUCUACUAAAAACAAUUAUUAAUGAAAAAUGCCAUAAUAUUGAAUCUAUGGACGUAUUGUUUAUAUCAGAAGUUGCAAUGGUAUAUAUACAAACAGAAUUUUCCGAUAAACUAAUUGAAUGGGCAUCUUCCUUUCCUUAUGCAAGUUUCGUUAUUUUAGAACAGAUUUUGCCAUGUUCUAAAAACCAUCCUUUUGGUCGAACCAUGAUAUCUCAUUUUAAUAAAUUAAAAACACCAUUAUAUUCAUUAGAUCAGUAUCCUACACUUAUUUUAGAAUAUAAACGAUUUUCAGACAGAGGAUGGAAUUAUAUAGAAGCAUUUGAUUUAUGGACGUUUUGGAAUUAUGGUAUUGACAAAAAAACAAGAAACAAAGUAAAUCUAGUAGAAGAUUUUGAUGAAUGGGAAGAAAUAAUAUUAUUUCUUCAACAUUAUUAUGUUUUAAUUGCAAAGAAUCUCCCUUCAAAAAAAAAUAUUCUUUUAAGUUCUCCUCCUGAAGGCCAUCAAUACUUAAAUUCAAAUAAACAGCCGCAGGUUUUUAAUAAAUGUAUGUCUAAUAAUUCUAACAGUAAUUUUCUUUCAAAAAAAUUUUAUAAAGUAAAGGGGAAUAUUACUUUUCAUAGAAGAUUUGGCGCUGCAUCAUUAUUUGGUCAAAAUACUAUUAUUUAUCAUGGUGGUAUUUCUGAAUCAGGCCGUGAUAAAAAAACAUUCUUAAUAACACAUAAAGAAAAUAAAAUACCUGAAUUAAAUAUAAAAUUAGUAGAUUCUCGUGUAUGCCAUACAUUAGAUUACUGUCCUAAGGAAGACAUUUUAAUUUGUAUUGGAGGAAGAGAAUCUCCAUGCAAAUUAUCAAAUUCUGGAUGGAAACAUAGCCAUUUAACACAAAAUAUAAUAAAACCCAUUCCUGAUGGUGGACGCUAUAGACAUGGAAUGAUUAAAGUUACUCUUCAGAACGAAACUAGAUUCAUAAUAUUUGGAGGUAAUAAAAAAACAUCUAAAAUUGUUGAUAAAGAAUGGGUAAUGUGGAGUGAUAAAAAUGGCUGGGAAAUAUUAAGAAUUAAUUCAAAGGAUAAACCACAACCGCGAUGGGGAAUGUGUAUAAUUUGGCUACCGGAAAGAGAGGAGGGUAUUAUUUGUGGAGGAAUGAAUGAAGACGGCCUUAUAUAUGAAGAUAUAUGGACAUUUAAGAUAACUAUUUUAAAUAAAGAAUGGUUUUUAGAAUUCUUACCAUGGCGUAAUAUAUCCAUCUUAGAUAUUCAAUGUAUAUCUCGAUUAGGAGCAAAAGCUGUAAAUGUUAUAGGAAUUUUAAAUGGAGAUGUAUUAAUCGUUGGAGGAGUAUCCAUGUUUCAUUGUAUCUCUUGGAAUGACCAAUUUAUACUUCUUGAUCUAGAAAAUCAAAAAAUAAUUCCAUUAAAUGUGCAAAGUCUUGAAAAUGAUCCAAUUCUUAUUGGUUUUGAUAUAAUAAGAAGAAAUAAUGAUAUAUUUAUUUUAGGUGGCGGCUGUCUAUGCUUUUCUUUUGGUAUUUGCUGGAAUGAUGAUAUUUUAAUACUAUCUGAAUCCAAUUCAGAUGAAGAAUGGCUGAUUUCCGAAUAUGAAAAUACAAAAUCAUGUGUUCCAACUUUUAUUAAUACAUUUAAUAAUAACAAUAUCAAUAUGCCCAAUUCAGUGAUUCUAGAACAUACAAACCCUAUAAUUCGACUAAUUUCUAGUAUUAAAAUUAAUAGUAAAGAUGAAUGGGAAGAAAUAUUAGAAAAAAACAUGCCUAUUGUUUUAAAAGAAUUAGAUAUAGGAACUUGCGUGGAAAAAUGGACACCAGAAUAUCUUAUUUCACGUAUAGGAAGUACUCGCAAGGUUAUUGUUCAUAAUGCAAAAACUAAUUUUAUGAACUUUCAUGAAAAAAAUUUCAGUUAUGAAACAAUGGAAUUUGAAGAAUUUAUAAAUUCUAUUUAUAAGGAUGGAAGCAAAUUAUAUAUGAGAUCAAUUUCAACAAAAAAUCCAAGAACUAAACCAAGUCUCUUAGAAGAAGACUUUCCAGAAAUUUCAGAUGACUUAAAUAUUCCUAAAGAACUGUCACAAACUAUAUGCCCAAAUAAAUUUUCAUCUCCUCUCCGUAUUUCUAGCAAAAACAUUGGAAUGUGGCUCCAUUAUGAUGUUAUGUCUAAUAUCCUUAUUCAGAUCCGAGGGUCGAAAAAAGUUCAAUUAUACCCUCCAUCAGAUGUUUUACAUCUUCAAUUUCUUCCUGGGUCAUCGUCAUCUAAAAUUCCUAAUAUUUUUACAGAAAACCCGGAAAAUUUGAGAAAUACACAUUCACAUCAAGUCAUCUUAUAUCCGGGAGAUAUUCUUUAUAUACCAGCAUUUUGGCUUCAUGCGGUUCAAUCACUUGAGCCUUCAAUAAGUGUGAAUGUUUUUUGGAGACAUCUAGAUUAUCAAUACUAUUCGACUUUAACUAAUGAUGUAUAUGGCAACAAAGAUUUAAAAGCCUAUGAAAAUGGCCGUAUCUUAAUUAAAAAGAUAUUUGAAGGUUUUCGAGGACUAACAGGAGAUGAGAGAGGAUUUUAUUUACAAAGAUUAGCAGCAGAACUUAUAGAAAUGUCUAAUAUAUGA